AUGUUUACAUUCAAAACCUAUGGGAACGUGUACGUGCAUCUGUCUGUCUACGAAGACAGCUAUAGAUAUCCAGGAGAAAUUGGCCAUUUUUUGACCAAAGCAAUAGAACCGCCACCUUUGGGUGCUGUGGUGGAAACUGAACACUCACUAACUGAUCUUGUGGAGCUUGAUGCCCAAGACUGAGUUGACGUCUCUUGAAUCCUAGCCAGACUUCCCAUUGAACCACUUCUUGGCAAGGUGAUGAUAAUGGGCUGUCAUUUUAGUAAGUCUGAUGGCCUUGUUUCUCUGAUCUUCUGUUCUCUGCCAACAGAACGUUUGAUGACUCAACCGUUUAACAGCACUGGACCAGAUCAUAAUCUGGAUGUUGUAAUAUCCUUGCUUGCUUUUGGGGUCUACCCCAGUGUCUGCUACCACAAGGAGAAAAGGAAAGCGCGUACCACUGAGGGCAUAAGGUGCUCAACCACACAUCACCUGUCAGCAGGAAGCAUCUGUCACCUUUCUUCAUCUUUGGACAAAAGAUGUAAUUCUUUCUGCUCUAGGGUCAAGCUGAGAGUGCCCCACAGUGUGGCUGCCUGCGUUGCUGCUGUGCAUGCUGUGAUGGAGGUGCUCACUGUGGAAGUGACUAAAGACCUGGGGAUCAUCUGGCAGCUGGACCCACCGGGUGAGUAAAUGCUGAAUGUGAUCCAUCGGAUCUCCAGGCUGCCAGCAGCAGGCAUCAGCCUCAUGGCUGCCAAUGGAAGCUGCUACUGGUCUUCGGAAGAAGCCAGCAUUUAAACAAGAGGCAGGAGACGAAUGCAAACAUUGACUAAGGACCGUGGGUGAGGACUGCUUUAGAGCUACAGUUCAUAAAGACAGUUGUAAAUUAUCACAGACGGCGAUGCUAAGAUCUAAUCAGAGGAUCUUCAUUAACAUGGGUAAGAUCACAGCCACGUAUUCUCCUGGGAAAAUGACCCUGUGGCCUCCACAGUGCCAGCUUUCUGAAGCCAUGCUCAAGUUACCACAUUGCUGAGGUGGAGCACUCAUAGAAAAAAUCUCUCGUCUGUACAGAAAAGAGUGAGCACCACUUCAUAGAUCUGAGCAUACUAAAAUAAAAGAGCAAAAGUAAAUUUUCAAAUUUCGGUGCAGUUUAAAAAUCGCCUGCACCAUCUUUUUCCUUAGCUCUUCGCAAAGGCAGCUGACUCCUUUUAGAUACCAGGACUGCAUUUUGGAAGAGGAAUUCCAAGUUUUCCUCCCACGCUUCUAUCUGAAAAACAACAACGACAACAAAAAACAUUGUUUUAAAGGCUAUGCUGGAAAAUACAUGACAAGUUGCAAUUUUUUUCCCUCGCUACUGGUUUUGUGCACAACUGAGCUCCUGACCCAUAGUCAGUGGCUGCUGUGUAAUUACCUACUCUUCCUCUUGCCUUCUCCUAAAGGAAUUGGUUACUCAAUGUAGACAACUUUGUAUUUUUGUUUUGGUUUGUUUUGGCACGGUGGUAGGAGGAGUAAGAGUUGUCCCAACUGCGUCACCACACUUUCCAAUGGAAGAAAUGGAAAGAAACACAUUGCAAGAAAAAAAAUUCUCAGCCGUGGCGAGCUUAAAGAAUAACUACAUAUUUGGUCACGUAGCUCCGUGCGAACCAACGCUGUGAGUGUUGUCAUUGCCCCCAGAUUCCCAGCUAGGGAUGGAGAACAAAAAGAUGAAAGUCCAGUACUGCCUAUGUAAAAAGAUACUUAGUGGUACGUAGGAGUUUAAGGAGGCUUCCACAGAAGAGGAAAAGAGAACUUUAUUUUUUUUAUUUUUUUUAUAAUGUUACUUACUGUAAAGCAUUGUAAAAUGUAGUUCCUCUUUCAGCUGAAAGCCCAUUUUCACACUGUUAGUAUUGAUAAUUCCAGAGCAAUACCAUUUUAGUUGGUUAUUCCCUUUGCGUGCAGUACUUCAGACCAACUGCUUGCCACGUUCAAAUACUCAACAUAAAUUUCAACUGAAGUUAAACAGUAAGAUUCUGGGCUCCGGCUCAACAACUCAUCUCAAGCCCAGGAUUUUGGGCUCUUUGAAAACAAGCGCUGACUAAUAAACUAUGCUCUUCUACUGUAGCUGCUUUUAUAACAUUUGUUUGACAAACUAAUACAGAUUAUGCUAGAAACAUAGAUAUAAUACCAAGCUUCUGCCUUUCCAUCACAUCUAUCAGGAGGCCACUACACACUGUCCCACUGCUGUAAGGCGUUGUUAUCCCAAGAGCAGACGUGCAGUUCAUCUACAUCUUCUGAAGUUACUGCAGAUACGCGGGGAGGCUGGAUCUAUUGUAGUUGUAUUUCGUUUUAAUUAUAUGCAUUUUUAUGUAGCAGCUCUCCUCCAUGCUAUCAACUAAGAGAUCAUAGAAUCAUAGAAUCACCAGGGUUGGAGAAGACCUACAAGAUCAACCAGUCCAACCAUCCGCCUACCACAAGUGACAUUCCUGAAGAUGUUUUCUACGUGCAAUUGAUAGUUACCCUCUACCUUUUAGCCCACCACUUUACCAGCCUGAUCACUUCUGGCAUUUGAUGGCAAGAAAGAAUGUGAAGAUCUAAGAUCCUCCAAAGCCCGCAGUGUGGGAACUGUAUGAACAAGACCUGCAGAGCAGAAAACUUCUACAAGAACCUCCCAGCAGUGUCAUACUUUCCACCGCAAUAUUAUCAGCUGUAAUUUUUUUAGUCUUUGAGUGACUCAGAAAUCUGGCAAUGUCAGAAGUAUGAACUUUGCUUGUACAUCUGUAGUGGGUGGAAGGGCAGUGUUUGGCAGUAAGAGGACUUCUAGUCCAAUUGGAAAAUUUUCUGGAAAUGAAUUUAAGGAACUGGGAUGGAGGAAAGAGUCCGUCGUUACUAAGUUCUGAUCAGAGCUCCUAAGUCUUGGGACAACUAUAUGUAAAAGUUAGAAUUAAAACAUAUGUUGUCUAUUAAUACAAGAAUACUUUAUGAUAAAAAGCAGAAAAUAAAAGUCUGUAUUCUUUACUAUUCUGUGCCAUAUACCAAAUAGGACAUGUUGCCCAAUUAACUUGUCCGCUCUCCCUGUUAAAAAUACAGAUUUCUAGCCGUAAGUUUUUCUGGUACAGAUUCACUUAAAUCAUAAUGAAGGGAUUUAUGUGCUUAUUUUCAUGAGAAAAGAAGAUUUUUUUCCCUGACACUGCCAGAUGUCCUAUGUGCUUCCAAACAGAAGAUUUAAUCCAGUUUCACAUGUGAAACAUACAUGCUUUACAUUCUGUGUGCUAUAUGUAAGGCAUCUGCGUAUCAGUUGGUGGAUACACAAAGAAAGCUGCACUUCCAAAGUAGUUAACGAUUUCUAAGUAACCUGGAAAACAAGCUCCAGACUUCUCAAACAAAACAAUAUUUAAUUUCUUUUUAUUUUCCACUGAACAAUUUUGACCUUAAUUCUUGCCUCUGAAGCGCUGACAGAAGGACACUGGUCUCUGGAACUGUAGGAAUAAGAUAUUCAUUCCGUUUUCCUAUUGAACCAAUGUAUUUCCAUCUGAACACUAUUCAGAAACCGAACUGAAAAUGUUACGAGUGUAUUGCACUGAGUGUCUAUAUUUAUUUAUAGUAAGAUGGAAU